GACACCGAAGACUUCUUUGGCACAGGGAUGAUGGUGGUGGCCUUGAAGCAGGUCGGGACAACGGUGCUGCACAGAGAGGUGUUGAAGAUGUCCGUGAAAACAUCUGAUGGAGACUUCGUGAUAGGAGGGAUUUUCUCCAUUCAUUACUACACCAGAUCAGAGCAGAACAGUUACAAAUGGCAGCCAUCACAGCUGCAGUGCUCUGGAAGGUCUGUCAUGGAUUUCAGAGAACUGCGCUUCGCCCGUGCCAUGCAGUUCAGCAUCCACGAGAUCAACAACAGAACAGAUCUCCUACCAGGCGUCACGUUAGGAUACCAGAUACAUGAUUCAUGCUCUUCUGUGCCGAUGUCAAUAAAAGUUGCAUUUCAGUUCGCAAGCGGCGUGGAGUUAGUGUUUAAUGACACAGGUAUCUGUUCAAAAUCUGCAGCCGUACCUGCUAUCGUAGGAGAGUCUGCGUCCACCCCGUCAAUAAGCAUGGCUAGAACGCUCGGGCUUUUUGGAAUUCCACAGGUGAGUCACUAUGCAACCUGCUCAUGUCUGAGUGAUAAGCAUCAGUAUCCUGCUUUCUUUAGGACCAUACCUAGUGACCAACAUCAAGCAGCUGCACUGGCAAGAAUGGUCAAGCAUUUUGGCUGGACAUGGAUUGGAGCAGUGCGCAGCGACUCAGAUUAUGGAAACUACGGAAUGGCAUCAUUCCUAAAGGCGGCGCAAAAGGAGGGAAUAUGUGUAGAAUACUCCGAGGCCUACUACAGGACACAGCCACGUAGUAAACUAGAGAGAGUGGCAAACGUGAUCCGUAGAUCAUCUGCCCGCGUCAUAGUAGCAUUUAUUGCAUCUGGAGACAUGAGGUUUCUCUUAGAGGAACUGGCACGACGGCCACCGCCUCCACUUCAGUGGAUUGGAAGCGAAACAUGGAUUAUAGAGCCCGAGUUGUUGCGCUUUAACAUGUGCGCCGGCGCAAUAGGGUUCGGAAUUCCUCGGUCAGUUAUACCAGGGUUUCGUGAGUUUCUGCUAGACCUGACUCCAGCUGAAGCACUGAAAUCGCCUCUGUUAACAGAAUUUUGGGAAAGCUCGUUCACCUGUAACCUUAGAGGGCGAACAGAUAUCACUGAGGGCGCACGGCAAUGUGACGGCAGUGAGGACAUUCAUGCGCUCCAUAACGCAUAUACAGACACGUCUCAGUUGCGCGUCACUAAUAUGGUGUACAAAGCAACGUAUGCCAUAGCGCACGCCAUCCACGGAUUAAUAUGUAAUGACACCCAAUGCGACAAGAAUAUUAAAUUUACACCAUGGCAGAUACGUAACCAGCUGAAGAGACUGAACUUCACUACAAGAAAUGGCUUUCAGGUGUCAUUUGAUUCUAAUGGAGACCCUCCAGCUGCCUAUGAACUCAUAAACUGGCAGUUUGACAAGGAUGGUGCCUUGGAUUUCAUAACAGUGGGCCAUUAUGAUUCAUCCAAACCAAGAGGACAGGAGUUCAGAAUGAGUAGAAAUAUCAGUUGGGUUGGCACACAGACAGAGGUACCAGAGUCUGUGUGCAGUGAGAGCUGUCCUCCAGGCACUAGGAAGGCUGUGCAGAAGGGAAGGCCUGUCUGCUGCUAUGAUUGUAUUCCAUGUGCUGAAGGAGAGAUUAGUAACAAGACAGAUUCACUGGAUUGUUUGCGCUGCCCUCCUGAGUUUUGGCCCAACACCAAGCAAGACACCUGCCUCCCAAAGCCUGUUGAGUUCCUAUCCUGGGAUGACACUCUCAGCAUCAUCCUAACAGUAUUCUCCAUUGCUGGAGCCUUCAUGGCUGUGUGUGUGGCUGCUGUCUUUUACAAGCACAGGACCUCUCCUAUAGUCAGGGCCAACAACUCUGAGCUGAGCUUCCUGUUGCUUUUUUCUUUGACUUUGUGUUUCCUUUGUUCGCUUACUUUCAUUGGUCAGCCCUCUGAUUGGUCCUGUAUGCUGCGCCACACAGCAUUUGGGAUCACAUUCGUGCUCUGCAUUUCCUGUGUUCUGGGGAAAACAUUGGUUGUGCUAAUGGCCUUCAGGGCUACACUUCCAGGUAGUAAUGUGAUGAAAUGGUUUGGACCUCCACAACAAAGACUCAGUGUUCUUGUGUUCACUUUAAUACAGGUACUUAUCUGUGUGCUUUGGUUAACAAUAUCACCUCCUUUCCCCUUCAAAAACAUAAAACAGUACAAGGAAAGAAUUAUCUUGGAAUGUGGCUUAGGUUCUACCAUAGGUUUCUGGGCUGUACUGGGAUAUAUUGGACUUUUGGCUCUUUUAUGUUUUAUUUUGGCUUUUCUUGCUCGGAAGUUGCCGGAUAACUUUAAUGAAGCUAAAUUCAUUACAUUCAGUAUGCUAAUUUUCUGUGCAGUUUGGAUCACCUUUAUUCCUGCUUAUGUUAGCUCUCCUGGAAAAUUCACUGUAGCUGUGGAAAUAUUUGCAAUUUUGGCUUCAAGUUUUGGUUUGAUUAUUUGUAUUUUUGCUCCCAAAUGUUUUAUAAUUGUAUUUAGGCCAGAGCAGAAUACCAAGAAGCACCUUAUGGGUAAAGUACCCUCUAAGGCACUUUGAGAGCCUCAAAUAAAACGCAAAGGUGACAUGAAGGUCCAGCAGUUUGUCACAAUUUAUGGUGCUUAUGUAUGCAAACCUUUCCAAUAUACUUUUAGGAUAAUAUAUAUAUAUUUUUGUUAAAUUGGUAAAUUUAAUCAAUAUUCCUGGCAAAAAAUAAAUAUGAUUAUGCCUGCAUUA